AUGCCCAUUGACAAAAAGCAAGGCGAUUAUCAAAGUCAUUACCAUGAAGCUCCUGGUACAAUGAAAUGUGAUAUGGAUGAAAUUUGUGAUACUCCUGUCGGUAGAUUCUGCGGAAGAUGGCAGGAUCUGUCGACAGCCUGGCCCCAUUCUGCCACCAGAUGGUUGACUGGGUAUAUUAAACCAAAAUGUCCAUUGUGCGAUACAUCAGUCCUCCCCUACUGCGGUGACAAAUUAUUACACGAUGCCUGCUGCUGCUCGGACCCAAACUACGACGAUGACUUACCAUUCGUGUGUACAUUGGCAGACUGCGGAUUUCUACAUGCCAACAGUUGCAGGGAGCACCGGUUGAUCGCCAGAUGCUGUUGUACCGAUGAUUAUAAAUCUUUAUUGAAAUCGUUUCCCAGUUAGAAUAAUUGAAGAUUCGAAUUUUAAUUUGGAUCAUCUU